GUACAAACCGGGCGACCAGACCGUGGAGCUGCUGAAGGCGAUCGGAGGCGACAACAAGGCCGACUUCGGCACCGCCGGCUUCGAGCCGCGGGCCCCGCGCGGGGCCAGCGACCUCUGCCGCUACCUGUGGGAGGAGGCGCAGGGCAAAGUUCCCAUCAGCGAGCAGAUCGGCUUCUUUGCAGAGGACGUCACAUACGAGGACUUCAACUACGAGUCGUCGAUGACGAGCAGG